GCGGCGAUGAACUGUGCCACCUGGUCACAGAUCAUGACGACAUCAUCUUCAUCAUCCUCCACCUUGCCGCAGUCCAAUAUUGUCUGAGAGCUCACUGUCCUUCGCAGUGUCGGUAUGAAGCCACGUUUCUUGCGCUAUGGCAACUAAUCCAUCGCCAUCAAACCUGGAAACUUCGCGGGAAGAGAUUACGCCACCCAAACAGCCGAACUCUUCAGGCACUGGGUCACAAGAUUGCCCAACUUGUGUCAGGCGGAGAAUCCGAUGCGAUAGAUCCCUGCCUACAUGCGCCAAAUGCUCGAAAAAAGGUCUAACUUGUCCUGGUUAUGGACCUCGUUGGCGUUGGGCCAAUGGCAUUGCAGUUCGUGGCCAUCUCAAAGGUCGAACAGCACCAGAUAUCGAAAGGCCGACCAAGUCCAGUACUCUCAAGGCUUCAGUCUCACCCACUUCCACCAAAUCCCCUGAAGCAGAUGGCAUUUUCCGUGGCAUAUCAGGGAUAGAUCCGCUGGAGAUGCUAUUUCCAGACUUCCCUGACCCUGCUACAAGGGCUCGACUUCUGUAUCACUAUGACAAGAACAUUGCAGGAUUGAUGGUGUGGAUAGAUUCCGAGCGAAACGAAUAUCGAAAGCUGGUCCUCCCUUUGGCUAACCGCCAGCCAGUUCUCCUCUUGGCCAUCCUCGCCAUUUCAGCACAGCAUCUUGCCGUCACCACUAAUAUAGAAUCUAGCUUCUCGGCUAGAGCACGCGAUGCAGCCGUCUCGAUGAUUUCAACCCAGAUUCGGCAGGUCACCAGCCGCUUGGCUGCUGGGUAUGAUUUGAACAGCGAAAUCGACGUGGACACCGCGGUGUGGAUGCUCGCCUCCAUGCUCACACUUGCAUCUUAUGAAAUGGCCGAGUCGGAGACCGGCGCCACAGCUGCCGACUCACAUAGGCAGGCCGCUCGUACCUUGGUGAACGCGCUCGCAACUACAAAUCGGGAGAGCAACGAUCUGUUCAAUUUUCUGCGCAACCAGCUUUCCAUUUACGACAUUCUUGCCUGCACCACCUCGUUUAUGAGUACUCGUGAGGUGAUACGACCUGCUCCUAGCCAUGCCAACCUCAUCUUCUCCGAAUAUCUCGGUCUUUUGCACCAGGUAACAGUUUUUUCGCGUCAAAUUGAUGAUUCUGGGCCAUCGAAAAUAUCCAGCUUGAUCGAGCCUCCCAUCACGCCGGUUGAGGCUCGUGCAAGGUUCGAGUUAGCUCGGGGCUCAACACUCAUGGCUGCCGGACUUCUCGAAUUGGCAUGGGACGAGAGAAGACACGAUUUUGUCCGGAUUGUGGACAUAUAUCAUCAUGCUGCCCUGUUGUACACUUACAGAAGCAUUUUCAGAGGGAAAGUUGAUGCUUUAGAUAUCUCCAUAUCUACCAACAUGUUGUUCGAGCGAUUACAUCAGCUAGAAAACCGGCAUUCAUGCAUGCAAAAUUUGCCGUGGCCAGUGCUAAUUGCCGGCACAGAGUGUGGUGGCAACCAAGAAAGAGAAGUAUUCAUAGCAAGCUUGUACGAAGACAUUGCUAAAGACAUGGGCUUCAAGCACUAUCUAGAAGUGCUUCAUUUCUUGAAAGACCUUUGGUCGAACGGACAUGGCGAUUGGCUCCAGCUGGCGCGUCAGUACAGCGCCAACGGGAAACAAAUCGUGGCCGUGUGAGGUGCGCAGACAUCUUUCUUGACUUUGGAAGUGAUGCUGCGCUGGUCUCCUGGACGCCUCAAUCGCUACAGCCGUCAAUCUAUACACCAUUUCGGCAGGGGAUUGCCCGGCUGCAAACCGGCUCGUGGACCCGAGGGUCAAAGUGGUGGGGUAACAGGGUGCGGUUCUUCAUGCAUGGCCUGAACAUGCCACUCGCUGGCUGAUGUGUGGAGAGCGACAUGAUUUGGUGCCAAUCCUGCUGCGUUUUGGGAGGACGGAAUGGUGUUAUCACAAUUGGACCUUCAUUGUCUAUUCCCUUUCUGUGUCCGUCUGAGGGUAUUUUGAGCACGUAUGAAGUGCUACAUGUCGGGAUCACCUUGUACAAGUAUGCUAUUGCAUAUUACUCUGUCAUCUAUGAACGCGCUUUGGCGGGAUUCGAAGCUAGAUGGCGACAACCGAUGACAUGUGAAUACCCACGUCCCAGUCCGCGAUGUGCAUGCCCUGGAGCGUGUGUGCUGUCCAGUGGAUGUCAGAGUCUUACUGCUUCUCGCAUGGCUUCAAACAUGCCCUUUACACUGACUCGAGGGUACAAAUGCACUUCUUAUCGGGUUGAGAGUGCUUAGUGUCGGGCAGGUCGCUAGAUGAGGUAUUCAAGAUCCUCGCUGGUUACGUUCGAUAAUACAAAUCAUUGUCAACAUGCAGCACGUCUGCGGCAAUUGGCCCGUAAGAUUCUCUUGGGCUUCAAUGGUGCGGUAUCAUCUCGCCCUUUC